CAUGGCGGACGGUGGAGGCUGGCGGCCGCCGCGCCCCUGCGAAGUCUACCGCGCGGAGUGGAAGCUCUGCCGCAGCGCCAGACACUUCCUGCACCACUACUACGUCCACGGCGAACGGCCGGCCUGCGAGCAGUGGCGGCGCGACUUGGCCAGCUGCCGGGAGUGGGAGGAGCGCCGGAGCGCGGAGGCCCAGCGGUCCCUCUGUGAGAGCGAACGUGCAAGAGUCCAGGCUACACGGAAGCACGCCCUGGUGUGGGCCUUGAGGCAGAGCCCUCCUGCAGACUGGCACCUCCCUCUACCACAGGAGGAGAAACAACAGUGAUGAGCACUCCGGAAUGGCUUCCUCUCAUCUGUUUCAAGUGGGGCUGUCGCAGGACCCUAAGGACAGUGACCGGCUCAGUCUAGUGAGUCCCUGAAUUUUCCGCUUGACUUAGAACACAGAGCUCGGGGUCUCCAGCCCUCCUUGCCCACCCCCGCUGCUGCCUUGCUCUGGCAGACAAUCUUGCCCACCGCACAGCUCCCAGGAUGCCAACCACCGCCGCAGAUCCCAGUAAGCAGCCAGGUCAGGCCAAUUCAUGCUCCACUCCCGGACUACAGCAUUCUCAGGUAAACUCUUGAGCAGUAGACCUGACCCAAGUGGACACAUGAGGUAACUAAAUGGUCGUGCUGUGGGGAAUACCUUUCCUGGUCUUGGCUUGGUGACAGUGUGCAUUGCCAGCCCCCGGUGCUUACACGGAGUUAUUAGCCCACUCACUAAGUUCAUUUGCAGCAUUGCUCUUCGUAGGAGAUAGGCCUCUUGGUUUUUAAGAAACGAACACAGCUACAGAAUACACAGUCUCGCAUUAAACGGGAUCAUAGACUCUUGGCUCAAGAAACCCAAGCCCAGGGUGUAUGGAAUUUUAGUCUCCUUCCUUUAAAAUUUUCUUUCGUUGGUUUUAGAAAAUGUAGAUUAUCUCAAAUGCCAUUUUACACAUGUGAUUUCAGACAGACUGAAAAUUAAAUCCACAAUUUAAUAGUUGAGAUUGUUAGAUUUAGCAUCUGACAUUAUUGUGCUCAGAGAGUAUGGGAAUUUUAUAUACUUAUACCCCUGUAGGUGUUUUUAAAAUAUAUGCAUAUGAGCCAACAAGAACUUGAGUUUUUGAAGAGGUCUUUUUAUCACUAACGAAAUGAUUUAGCAUCUCGUGGCUGCAGAGCAGGUUCCGUGGCAUGGUGCCAAGGGCGAGGUUGGCUGUGUGCUCCACAGCCUCUCUGCUUCUGCCUGGCCAAGCUGCCACUUUAGUCCCCCCUCCUCACGACUGGGCCCCAGCCUGGCUACAGGCAGUGGGUCAGACAUCUUUUAACUCAUUUUUGGGGGCAAAAUAAUCCCAUCACUUCAGAAAGGCACAAAUUAAAAAUUAGAUUUUGCCUUGUCAUCCUGUAUUAUCCCAAGAUUCCCUGUGACUGCACAUACCUGUAAGUUUGGGGGGAUCUGCACAUAGGGCCCCAAUAACCUCUCCCUGUGUAUGUACCUGUGAGCGGUAGGGAUGUGUGCACACAAGUCCCCAGUGAUCCUUCCCUGUGACUCUGUGUACCAGGGUAUGUGUGUUGGGGGCGGGGGUUACACAUAGGUCCCCAGUAGCCUCUCCCUGUGUAUGUGUGUGUGUGUGUGUGUGUGUGUGUGUGUGUGUGUGUAUACCCAUUGAGUGGUAGGGGCGUUUGCAUAUAGGCCCCCAAUGGUCUUUCCCUGUGACUGCAUGUACCUGUGAGUGGGUGGGGGGUGUGCUCAUAGGAGCCCAGGAGCAGAGGGGUGAGUAUAAAGAAGAGCCUAUCUCAGCGUGGGUGUUUUGAUAUCUGAGUCAGCCAGGGUAUCUGUCUUGUGUCUGUGGCUACUUUCUGGAGCAUUUCCAGCCAAGGAGGAGAGUGGGAAGCUGGGGAGCUACAGGCAUUCUCUUCACUCUGAAACAGAAGAAGGGACAUUGGAAUUUUGCAAUCUGUGUAUGAUCCCUUGGGGUUCCCGGGGCGGAGGGUGGGGUGCUGCAGUGGCAGCCAGCACAGCAGUCCUGAGGGCUCACCACAAGGGAUCCACAUUCUCUAUGUGCUUAUUUAGGGCUGGAGGCUGCCCGUCACUGAAUGGGCUCUCUGUGAGGAAGUCUUACUGACAGAUAAUCAUUGCUGCAUAGAAUGUUCCUACGUCUGCUCCUCUUUUAACUUUUUAACUCCCAACAUCUGAGCACCUGCUACACUGCCCGGUGGGGCCUUUGGCUCUGGGAUUGCACUCUUGAAAUGGGCAAGUUGCCUUCAAAGAGCCCCAGUUGAGUUUAGGGGCCUGAGAUAAACAUUUAAACAUAAUUAAAUAAGUCUAAAAUAAUCUUAAGUGCUGUGAAGAAAAUGGGCAGGGAGAAGAUAGAGCAGCCCUCAAAUUUUUUGCAUGAAACCCGUAACAAGUUCUAUGAUCUGGUACAUACUUUAUAUACUGCAUAUAUGAUUGAAAUAAGCUUCACAAAACAAUCCUUACCUGUACAAGGUGUGAUACACUGUCAUUUGCAGUUCUGUGCUACUGAAAAGAAACUGCUGUAUGUGCAGCAGCUUGGGUGAAGCUCAGGUAAAUUAUACUGAGCUAAAAAAUCUUAAAUGGGUGCAUAUGACAUAGUAGCAUUUAUGUAACAUUGGUGAGAUGAUGUAAUAAUAGGGAUGGAGAAUGGCUAAUGGGGCCAAGGGUUAGGGAUGGAAGGAGGGUGUGGAUGUGGCUAGGGUAUAUAAGGGGAUCCUGUGGUAAUGGAACCUUGACUCCUACAGAGCUGCAUGUGUGAUGGAAUUGUGCAAUGCUAGACAUACACACAGGUGAGUGCAGACACAGUGGGAAACCUGAAUGCAUUCUGGACUCUGCCUAUGUCAGUCUCUUUCUUACACACUGUAUGUGGCAUGUAAGAUGUUAACUCUUGGGGAGGCUGGGAGAACCACACACAGCCCCUCCUUGCAUCUUUAUUUCCAGCCUCCUGUAAAUCUGUAACUACUUCAAAAUAAAAAGUUAAAACUGCUGA